AAAAAGGAGAAAAUCCAGACGCAACGGCCGAAGGCGCGAAUGGACGGGGCUGGCGCCACGCCUGAGCCCACCACCACCACCGCACCCCUGCUCCUCUUCCCGAGCUUGCCAAACACCAUUUCUUUCCUCCCCUUCCCUUCCAUUCCCCGGCGCGUCUCCAGGCUCCAGGCUGCGGCAUACCACUGCAAUUGCUCUGCGUCGCCCAUGGAGCUCGCGGUGAGAGCUGCGGGGGCUUCCUGCUCCUCCUCCCCGUCGCUCCAUCCCCCUCGCGCCCCCUGUUGCCUUGGCCGCAGCCCGGGCCUGCCGCUGCCGGCUCGCCGGGUGGCCGUCGCCGCCGCGGGGGCCAUCGCCCUCGACCCGUUUCAGGAGAUCAAAACCGAGCUGAAUGACGCUUCGAAAACCGAGGUGUUCGCAUGCCCUGUUUGCUAUGAGCCGCUGAUAAGGAAAGGGCCGCCAGGCAUGAACCUGCCAGCGAUUUAUAGGUCCGGAUUCAAGUGUUCGAAGUGCAACAAGUCAUUCACCAGCAAAGAUGUCUUCUUGGAUCUCACUGUCACCUCAGGAAUGAAAGAAUACAGUGAACUCAAGCCCGCUAGAACCGAACUGUUCAGGAGCCCGCUCGUCUCCUUUCUUUACGAGAGGGGGUGGCGUCAGAACUUCAAUCGGAGUGGCUUCCCUGGCCGCGACGAAGAGUUCCAAAUGGCUCAAGACUAUUUCCAAUCAGUCGCUGGUGGUAUACUCAUUGAUGUCAGCUGCGGCAGUGGCUUGUUUUCAAGGAAGUUUGCAAGCUCUGGGGCAUACUCAUCUGUGAUUGCUUUGGACUUUUCUGAGAAUAUGCUCCGCCAAUGCUAUGACUACAUCAAACAAGAAGAAACCCCUAUGAACACGAACCUUGCACUUGUAAGGGCUGAUAUUUCGAGGCUCCCUUUUCCUUCAAGUUCAAUUGAUGCCAUUCAUGCUGGAGCCGCUAUCCACUGUUGGCCAUCCCCUUCAAAUGCGAUAGCUGAAAUCAGCCGUGUGCUGAAGCCCGGUGGUGUAUUUGUAGCGACAACUUUCUUAUCCACCCCCACGAACAGCGGCCUGUUCUCUAUCGAUGCACUAAAGCCACUGAGACAGAUUGUUGGGCCAGUGAACAGCAGCUACAACUUCUUCACCGAAGGAGAGCUGGAAGACCUGUGCAGAUCCUGUGGCCUGGUCAACUACAGCAGCAAGGUGCAGAGGUCAUUCAUCAUGUUCUCCGGGCAAAAGCCAUAGCUGAGUACCAUAUCCAGACUUUCUCUGUAUAGCCAGCCACAGUGUAUAUAUAGCUGUGCUUUUCUUUUUACGGGUAUAUGUAUAGCUGUUACGGUUAAAUCAGGUGGUGAGAAUGCAACUUUAACCGCAUUAGGCAAUUGAACCAAAAUGCAUGGUCUCUGACUCUGAUGAACAAUAGUAGCAUUUCUUCAGGUUCAGGCAUCGAGCAAAAGUUUUACACCUGAACAAUUGUGUUGUUUCUGCACUAUAAAUAAACUUUAAGGGUACAGACUGAAUUCCUUUCUAGAGAAGAUCAAGAGGGACGUAUCCUGGCUCCAAUUUUUACAGAAUGGAUGAAACUCAAGAGACUAUCACUGCAAACAAUCGGACCGGCUGAGCGAGUGACUGGAUAUCGUCAUCAACCUGCUGGCUGGCUUCAAGGUACAAGCAGCCAUUCCGGCACCUCACGAUCGCUCAAGGCACUAGCAGAGUGGUGAAGAAACCUGCUGCUUUGAGGCAGCGACACCAAGCUUCUUCAGGUCGAGGCGUGUCACAGGUGCCCGGUUUGAGCUAUCAACUACUCCCUCCGUCCGAGAAAACUUGUCCCAAUCUUGUCACUCAAAUGGAUGUAUCUAGCACUAACUUAGUGCUAGAUACGUUCAUUUGAGGGACAUGUUUUUUCGGACGGAGGGAGUACAUUAUUCCACGAGCAGAGUGAGACUGCUUGAAGCAGUGUGUGUAAAUGGUGCAUAUCCAUUCUCCAUUCAUAUCAUAAAACCAAAAGCUUCCAGC